GAGAAAGAAAAAGACUGUAAUUCCUUUUUUUGUUUCUUCAUUUUUCAUCCUCUAAUUUUCUCUCUCUAGUUUUUCUCUCUCCUCUGGUACUCGUUUCUCUUGACUUGGAAGACUACGAUCUCUCUUUCUCUCUCCUCUUUUUGUUCUUCAUCUUCGUGUUUUUUUCGAUCUGUUGAGCUCAAGAUUAUUUUGUUCAAUCGUUCCUUUGAUUUUGCGAGGAAAAUCGGCGUAAGUCAGCUGGUCAAAAUUUUGGUCGAUCGAACGCGUUUUUUUUUUUUGGAAAAAAAAACAGUCAAUUUUGAGGGCUUCGGCUGGGGUGUUUCAGGUUUGAUAUACUGAUGCUGAGGAAGUAAAUAGAUUCAGAGUGUGCUUCUCUGACUGAGAAACAAGAUGUUGGAGGCUUCAAAGUUUACUGGAAUCAUAGGCAUAAAUAACAAUGACAACAAAUUCUAUGACUUCUACAAGCUGGGUGAGAACUCCAACAUGUCAGUUGACAGUUAUGCGAGUUUGCAAGCAAGCAAUGGAGGGGGUUCUGUUGCCAUGUCUGUUGAUAAUAGCAGUGUGGGUUCUAAUGAUUCACAUACUCGGAUGUUGGGUCACCAAGGAUUAAAACGUGUCAAUAAUAAUUAUUCAGUUCAAGGAAGCGUUAAUCAUCGAGGAAGGGUUACACAUGCCUUAAGUGAUGAUGCACUUGCUCAAGCUCUUAUGGAUCCUCAUGUCCCUACUGGGGGACUCGAGAAUUUCGAGGAGUGGACCAUUGACUUGAGGAAGCUUAAUAUGGGUGAUGCAUUUGCACAGGGAGCUUUUGGGAAGCUUUACAGGGGUACUUAUGAAGGUGAGGAGGUUGCUAUAAAAAUUUUGGAGAGGCCAGAGAAUGAUCUGGAUAGGGCCCAGCUGAUGGAGCAACAGUUCCAACAAGAAGUUAUGAUGCUGGCUACAUUAAAGCAUCCAAAUAUAGUCCGAUUUAUUGGAGCGUGCCGUAAACCAAUGGUCUGGUGUAUAGUUACUGAAUAUGCAAAGGGUGGUUCAGUUCGACAGUUUUUGACAAAGAGGCAUAACAGAUCAGUGCCUCUCAAAUUAGCUGUUAAGCAGGCUUUGGAUGUGGCUAGAGGAAUGGAGUAUGUCCACCGACUUGGUUUGAUUCACAGAGAUCUAAAAUCUGAUAAUCUAUUGAUUUUUGCUGAUAAAUCUAUAAAAAUUGCGGACUUUGGAGUUGCUAGGAUUGAGGUGCAGACCGAGGGAAUGACUCCAGAGACUGGAACAUACCGUUGGAUGGCUCCUGAAAUGAUCCAGCAUAGGCCUUACACACAGAAGGUCGACGUGUACAGUUUUGGAAUCGUCCUUUGGGAGCUGAUAACGGGUAUGCUCCCCUUCCAGAAUAUGACUGCUGUUCAGGCAGCAUUUGCCGUGGUCAACAAGGGUGUCCGUCCAAUAGUACCGCCGGACUGCUUACCUGUUCUUAAUGAGAUCAUGACUCGUUGUUGGGAUCCCAAUCCCGAUGUGAGGCCUCCCUUCUCAGAUGUUGUGAAGAUGCUCGAGCAUGCAGAGACGGAGGUGAUGACGACUGUUCGUAAGGCACGUUUCAGGUGCUGCCUUACACAACCUAUGACUGCCGAUUAAUGGACAGAAGGCGAGAAUUACGGGAGGUAUUCGGAAGAAUUUGCUACAAGGAAAGUCUUGCAGGGAAAAGGUUGUUUUUACUUAACCGUGUAUCUAUCAGGAUAUCAUUUUCUUACAUUCAGCUUAGAAAAAAAAGGUGGAAAAAUCACGAUAAAAGUUGAGAACUGCUGGGUUUUCUGCUUUUUUUUUUUUUUUUUUUUUUUGUUUCUUUUUCUUUUUUCCUUUUAAUUAUAAUUCAAAUGGAUUUCUGUGGUUGUCGUUAGUAGGAGGAAGAGAAGAAAAUAUGUGAUCUGUAUUUAUACAUGCGCCCUCACUUCUGCUAUGAUGUUUUAUCUACUCUAGUUAAAUUGUUUUGAUGAUAAAGGAGGGAAAUGACAUAUAUUCGUAGUUCCUUAAAUUAAUUGCAUUGUUCUCUGACUA